GAACAGGGUGGCUGCGCAAGCUGGCGGCGGACGCGCGGGCUGGCCGCGGCCGACGCACCCCUCGCACACGGCGCAGGCGCGCGGCGCAGACCGACGCUCACCGGCAUGGAUCGAUGAGAUAAACGCGCAACCCCGCUCCAAAAAUCAAUACCCUUUCCAUCGAUUUUUACAGCCGCAGCCGCCGCACACUAGAUUUGAGGGUCGCACGCGGUGGUUGCGCGCAUUGUAUUCAUAUUUCUUUAGUUUUCGUUAACGCGACCUAAUAAGAGUAAUAAUAAUUAUAUUGUGUAACAAAUAAAAAAUGAACCGAUAGUAAAGUCGUUAUCGAUACCGUUUUAAAAUAUCGAUUUUCCUAAUGUCCGGUUUUUUAAAGAUGGAGUGGACGUGAUAUAACGACAAUGACGUCGACGGACACAUAUCAGUUGAAAUGGCAUUCGCACAGUUCACAUUUGAACGGGUCCGUUGCGGCUUUGCUGCGCUCGGAGCGGUUCACGGAUGUGGUGCUCUGCACGAUGGAUGGGUCUCAAAUCCCGGCUCACAAGUUCAUCCUAAGUUCGUGCAGUGUUUACUUGAGCGGCUUGUUCGAGGGCCAGCGGCAUGUCACGCGGAUGGGCGGUAUGCUUUACGUUGUUCUGCCUUCGGAGAUAUCAACGAAGGCGCUCAAGAUUUUAGUGGAGUACAUGUAUAAAGGUGAAACAACAGUUUCAAAUGAAGUUCUAGAUACAGUAUUAAAAGCCGGGGAGGUCCUAAAGAUCCGAGGCUUAUGGCGGCAGACGGAUGAAGCUGGAGACCCUCCAGCGGAGAAGACAACCACACAAGUAGCUAGCGUUAACAAACAGCCGGUGAAAAAACCAGAGGAGUUACAGCCUAAGAUUGCAGUCAAGAAAGAUGAUAAACUACUUAAGACUUUUACACCAAUGCAGCAGCAAGGGGUCACAAGACCUAUGUUCAUUGGACCACCCAAACUGGUGUUCAUCAAGACCACUGAGGGCGGCACUCAGGCGGCGUUAAGAUCGGCCGGGCCUAAGGGCCAAACUAUACUGGUUGCACCCGCGCCCUCCCUGGACACCUCUACCACCUCUGCUACUACUACAACUACCUCCACCUCAAUAGCUAUAGCUUCGACGACGAUAGCGGACGACUCGCCGGACGAGGCGCCAGCGCCGCGCAUCCUGCGGCGGCACGCGGCCGAACGCAAGUACGGCAAGCGGCAGAAACCCGACGACGCCGAGGACAAAGAUGCCGAGGAUACUGCCUCCAAAAAAUCAACAGCAAGCAACAACGAUCCAGACGUAUCUAUAAAGGAGGAGCCGGAAUGGGACGCUUCCAGCAUCGAAGAGGAGGAGCGAUCGAUCGCCGAAAUGUUCCAGCAAGAGAUGAGCGUCAAACAAGAGCCGGAAGAUCUGGAUAUCGACGAGGAAGGACUGGUGUACAGCCCGCUGGCGUGCGAGCUGUGCGCGGAGGUGUUCACGCUGCCGGCCGCCUGGGUGCGCCACGUGGAGGGCCACGCGCGCGCCGACCACACGCACGCGCGCAAGCGCAAGCAUCGCUCCGCGAGCGAUGACACCGAAGAGACGAUGGCACUACUCCGCUGCGAUUUGUGCCAAAAGCACUUCCCCAACCCCGCCGAGUGGGUGCGCCACGUGCAGAGCACCCACACUGAAACAGAAUUGGCCAUAUCAAACAACAGUGCCCCACCAAAACGUCACAAUCGUUUCACAGAGGGCGCGCAAAACAAGACUUGCUCGCACUGCAAGAAAACGUUCCCGUCGCAUGCCUCCAUGCUCAUACACAUGAGGACGCAUACAGGUGAGCGUCCGUUCGUAUGCGGGCUGUGCAACAAAGGUUUCAACGUGAAGUCCAACUUACUGCGGCAUCUUCGCACGCUGCACGACCAGAUCAUCAGCCCCGCGCUCGUCGAGGGCGAGGCCGACGACGAGACCGAGGGGCCGAGUGAGGUGAAGCGCGAGUCCUGAGGCCGCGGGGGGGCGGGGCGGCGAGGCCGGCGCGCGGUGCUGCCGCGCAAGCAGAGCUACUCGCUGUUCCUCAAGCAGCGCGCCGUGCUCUUCUCCGCCAAGAAGUGGAAGCAGUAGCCGGGACCCUAACGACACGAGUGCCGCCCGACCGGUGUGGGGUAACGAUUCACUGAUCUUAUGCGAAUUGCAGGAAUUCGGGUGUGCGAUGUGACGCCGAUAUGAUAAAUAAAAGACUACUUGCUAAUAAAAAAACCUCAAUUUGAUUGAGAUUAAACUCCACCGCUGAAUCAUCGGUCCUACUCGCACGAUGAUUCAGGCCAGCUUUAAGGAAUCGAUCAAUAUCAAAUGAGGAGUUUUCAAAAGGGCUUAUUUCUCUAUGGAAACCAUACCAAAAAAAGGCCCUGCUGAAAAGAUACUCCGAUUCCGCUGAUGUGAAAGUAAACAUAAAAAUUUUCCUCCAGCCUAAGUAUGAUUAGUAUCGUCUUGGGUCGUCCCAUUCGUUUUUCGUCAAGUUCUUAAAUUAGUCCUAUUCUGCUUUCGUCACCCAUUCUACAUUCGUCACAAUCGUCGGUAGCUUUCAAUGAAGAAUGAGUGACGUAAGCAGAAUAGGACUAAUUUAAAAACUUGACAAAAAACGAAUGGGACGACCCAAGACGAUACCGUAUGAUUUCCACCUUGAUUAAGAUUGAGCUUUUGCUAUUGCUUAAAUAUGUACUUUAAAUGUUCAAACAAAAAUCGGCGUCACAUUCAGUCUUACAUACUUGAAGCAAGUUACCCAAUACCGGCCCGGACGAGACUUCAUUUUGAUUUCUAUCUCUCUGAGUUUGUUAUCAAAAUUCGUAGCGUCGCGGUCAUCUGAACUACGCUCCGUUCCGCCCUCCUUGUGUUUACCAUUAUUUAUAUAAGAGUGUAUCGUUUCUUUAAUCCUAGUGUUAUGUAUUAUGUACCAUACACAGAUUUAGGUUCUAAAAUAGUUUCUUGUUCUUGCAAGUUAAGGAGUUAGAAUAUUAUAUGAUUAAAGGUCGAAAUUUGCCUCUAACUGAAUUCUUUCGGGAACAGGAUAUUUUUAUUUAUUUACAAUCUGUGUAUGCUUAUUGUACGACUUUGUAAGUUUAAUAUGGUCUAGUCACGUUGCCAUUUAAGAGCUAUUUUGUGAUUCAAUAAUUCCGCCUUCGCUAGUAACAUUCCCGUAGAUUACUAUACUUAAUGUCUUCGAUAUAUGGAAAUGAAAGAAAUACACAGUGAACGUUAUUGUCAAACUAUUAGGCGGGUCCACACAGAAAGAGUCGCCUCGCGAGGAAAUUGCCGCGUCAAGCAGCUCGGUCGGUGGAGACGUGCCUCGCCAAGGCAAUGCGCCGUUCUGUGGAUCCUCCUAUUAAAACGUAGGUUUAUAAAAUUAUCAUUAUGAUUAAAUUUAAUCUGAUAAUGAUUUUAUACGUUUGAAGAACUCACAAAUGCAUGAAAUUGUACAUUUUCUGUAAAAAUUCACAGAUUUUAGCGCGUUGGCUAGUACAUAAAGACCAAAGGCAUUUUUAGAUGUAAUAUUAUUUAAAACUAAGGUUUAGAACCUGCUAAAUUAUUGAAUAGACGUAAGUUUUACAUUCCAUUUGAGUUAGAAUAAUUUUAUGUUGUGAGCUUUCUGUAAUAAUAAGUAUGGAUUUCUUAGUCAUAUUUCAGAUUAAAUACUCAUGUGAAACAUGGACAUGAUUUGAGAUACUGUGUAGUAUUUGAUAUAUGAUGGAAUGUCAAUAUAAAUUUGCCUAAAAGUAA